AUGCCGCGGUGGCCGUGGCCGGAGCCUCUGUCUGCCGCGCAGCUCCGGCGGCUGGAGGAGCACAAGUACAGCGCGGCCGGCAGCUCUCUGCUGGAGCCGCCCUGCCAGAUCUACUGGAACUGGCUGGUCCAGCAGGUGCCCACAUGGGUCGCCCCCAACACGCUCACCAUCACCGGACUUCUCAUCAACGUCGUCACGACCGUCAUCCUGGUGUAUUACUGUCCUACAGGGACGGAGGAGGCUCCAGCAUGGGCCUUUAUUCUCAGCGCCUUAGGUCUCUUCAUCUACCAAUCACUCGAUGCUAUCGAUGGGAAGCAGGCCCGGAGGACCAAUAGCAGCACUGCUCUGGGGGAGCUCUUUGAUCAUGGCUGUGAUGCUGUCUCUACAGUGUUUGUUGCUGUGGGAACGUGUAUAUGUGCUGGAAUCGGAGCGUACCCUAACUGGAUGUUUUUCUGCGGCUUUGUUGGGAUGUUCAUGUUCUUCUGUGCACACUGGCAGACGUACGUGUCCGGAACACUCCGCUUUGGAAUUGUUGAUGUAACGGAAGUCCAGAUUUCCAUCAUAAUCAUGUAUUUGAUGUCAGCCUUUGGAGGAGUGAGUCUUUGGGAGACUACGUUGCCAGUGCUCGACAUUAAGCUGCAGACCUUUCCAGUUUUGGGCAUCAUUGGAGGAUUCCUGCUUUCAAUGUACAACUACUUCUCUGUCAUCCUGAGCGGUGGAGUGGGCAAAAACGGCUCCACAGUGGCAGACACCAGUGUGUUGUCUCCUGGUCUGCACAUUGGCCUCGUCCUCACCUUGGCCUUCAUGAUCUUUAAGAAGUCCUCCAGCCAUCUGUUUGAGCGCCAUCCAUGCCUCUACAUCCUCACCUUUGGCAUGGUCAUCGCCAAGAUCUCCAACAAGUUAGUGGUGGCUCACAUGACCAGGAGUGAACUUCACCUCCACGACACAGCCUUCAUUGGCCCUGGUCUCCUCUUCCUCAACCAGUACUUCAACAGCUUUAUUGAUGAAUAUGUGGUCCUCUGGAUUGCUUUGGUCCUGUCGCUGGUGGACCUGACGCGGUACUGCACAGGGGUGUGCCUGCAGAUCGCCUCCCACCUGCGCAUCCGGGUCUUCAGCAUUACCCCACAAGGCCACGCCCAUAAAGACUGACGUUUUGCCCGGCGGGAGGAGGAGGCGGGGCCACCUGAAGACGCCGCCCCGCUUCUGGAACCAGAGCAGGAGAGCCAAAACCACAGCAGCCUUGACAGUGUGAAGACCGUUGACUAAAAGACCUGAACUGAAUCACACUUACACUCUGCCAGAUUUCGAGUGGACGACCUGUCGUUAAACCAGACUCAAAGUUUGUCACACUGGAUCAGUACUAAACACGUAGUUACAUAACUGGAUACCAUACAAUGUGAUCUUACUAGGGUGUUCUCAUACUUAUUACUUUGAGACGGAGCAAUGCAUCAGAAUUUAAACAAUUGAAAGUGUGUUUUAUGAAGAAUGUGCAGAAUAAUUCUUAAUAUUUCAAAAAUACGAGCUAACAAGACAUGCAAUCACUGUUAACUUGUUGUUAGUGAUGCCAGUUGUUUCAGCUGCCGGAUUUAGAACUUUGUCUAACAGUGGUGCUUUAUAGGACAGGCUGUAAUUGAGCUAAAGAGUCCCAAGUUCUUUUAAAAGUUUUUGAAUGCUCCAAUUUUAUAACACAAAGAUCACAGUAGUUGUAAGAAAAAAAAAGCUACUGUUGUGUUUUGGGUAGAGAUCGUGCCUGGUGUAAUACAAACUACCUGCCACUACAUUUGCUACAUUUUAUAGUGUUUCCAUCAUGUGAUCUUUUCUUUAAUGCAGCAUUUCUAUGCAUUUUGUACCCAAACAAAGAAAGAAUAUUUUCUAACAUUCCGUAGCAGUGGUGCUGCCCAUUUUGUACUUCUAGACUUUCAGAGUUUAAUCCAUAUUCCCCCCAAAAGCAACAGUAGCUUUCUAAAAUAAUUCUCACGUGAUUGUCCAGUGAUUCCAGCAUUUGUAUUUAUUUAUUUGAUCAGUUUGACUGGAUUUGGUGUGAAAUUGAGUCAGGUCUUGAACAAGAGUCAUUUUUGGUUGUAAUUGUCAGGGACUGUGGAAACUGGCACCAGGAUUGUGUGUUUGUGCUAAAAACAGCAAGGACCCUCGUUUUGAGGACCACCCUGCCACAUCAACCUAAACGUUUGCAUUUACUGUUUUGUUCUCCAAUUCCUUCUACAGUGAACUGUGAGUUCGGAGGAGCAGAGCUCCUGUGCCUGCUCUAACUUGGGGGGAUGGAUGAUGAACGUUCAGGGUGCUCCUGUGCCUGUUUGAUGAUGCACUAACUCUCACAACACUGCCUGCUUUCGAUAUCUCCUCCCAAAGGGCUAAUCUACAAAUAAAUUUUAUGUGAUUUUAUGUGUAAUAGAG